UGUAUUUGAAGACCUGUGCGCGGGAUUUUCACCUCAAAUAAGAGCUACGGCAACAGCUAGCACAUGGGGCUCAUACAUAAGUGGUGAAAGGCGAAUUGAUCAGACUAAUUUAAUUGAAUUGCGUCAAUAUUUUCGAUACACUCGUGUCUCCAGCAUGAAGGUGGGAUAUUGUGUGAAGUGGACACUCGCGGGACUGUUGGUGGUGUCUCUAGCCAGCGCUAUUGAGACUGAUGAUAAGGAUGAACAACAGAUUUUCAAUUCAGGAGUAGAGGAACUCGCUAAAUCGAAACGGCCGUUCUGCAAUGCAUUCACAGGCUGCGGUAAGAAGCGAAACUACUACGACAACUCGCUGGACCGACCGGAGGAUUCAGGGAAGAUCACAAUUCCCAUCCCCAUUUACAAGGCGCUAGUUCGUGCCGCAUCCCAGGAGCUCCGCAACGCAAUCGAACGUGGGGAAUCUCCCGAUGAGUCAUACCAAGAUUACUUGCCAUUGUUAACACUGAAGAGACCAAUUCGUUCGAGAUUCCAGAGUUAAUCGUCAUCGCCUUCAGGAGUAUUCCAUGUACCAAUGGCUUCUACAAAUAUCUCUGUUACUGUCCGCAAUUCUAUCGAUCAAUGAAUUGAAAAACUAAAAACACUGAAAUUGAGAGGAAAAUUACAACGGGAUUAAUGGGUGUGUCGAUUACCGAAGGAAGUAUUUCCUCGAUAAAAUCGGUUUUUGAUGUGACAAAUGUUAUUUUAAUGCAGUAUAACUAAAUAUUAUGAAUUAAAUCAACAUUAAUUGUCAAUUGUGAUUUGUAAGUGUCAAUGAGCAUUUUGUCCACAAACUAUCAUGACGAUUUGUUUAAACAUUCAUUGGUUUCACGUGAAAAUACAACCUUAGAAAUAAAACGACA